ACGAUCACCAACAGACGGUUUCAAGCUCCCCGCGACGGCAGCAGCCCCUGUUCGGAUCCGCAAUUUUGAGGAUGGAUGUAGCCUGCUAGAAAAAAAAGACACCGGGGCACAGUGAGAGAGAGAACACUACUGCUGUGUAGCUAUGGAGGUCGUAAGUGGUCGCUUUCUUUGACAGGUGUCGGAACCGGACUGAAUAAAAAGUAUCGAAACCAGCUUCAAGGAUGUACGCCAAGGGGAAAGGUGCUGUUGUGCCCUCAGAUAACCAAGCAAGAGAAAAGUUAGCACUGUACGUAUAUGAGUACCUGCUGCAUGUAGGAGCACAGAAGUCUGCACAGACCUUCUUGUCGGAGAUACGAUGGGAAAAGAACAUUACGUUAGGGGAGCCUCCUGGAUUCCUGCACUCGUGGUGGUGUGUAUUCUGGGAUUUGUAUUGCGCUGCGCCGGACAGACGGGAGAACUGCGAACACUCCAGCGAGGCCAAGGCCUUCCAUGAUUACAGUGCGGCAGCAGCCCCCAGUCCUGUGAUGGGGAAUAUGCCUCCUAAUGAUGGUAUGCCAGGAGGACCCAUGCCGCCUGGAUUCUUCCAGGGUCCGCCAGGCUCCCAGCAGUCUCCUCACGCACAGCCCCCCCACGGCAUGGGACCACAUGGACAGCCUUUCAUGUCGCCACGGUUUCCAGGUGGACCCCGCCCCUCACUCCGAAUGCCAAAUCAGCCUCCCGGGGGAAUCCCUGGGUCUCAGCCUCUCCUGCCAAACAGCAUGGACCCCACCAGACCACAAGGACAUCCUAAUAUGGGCGGGCCAAUGAGAAUGAACGCUCCACGAGGAAUGGGGCCCAUGGGUCCACAGAACUACGGGGGCAUGAGACCCCCUCCUAACUCCAUGGGUGGUCCUAUGCCUGGGAUGAACAUGGGACCUGGUGGUAGAGGGCCGUGGCCUGGUCCCAAUGCCAACUCAAUACAAUACUCCUCCUCAUCUCCCGGCCACUAUGUGGGUCCUCCAGGAGGAGGGGGGCCGCCCGGAACUCCCAUCAUGCCCAGCCCAGGUGACUCCAACAACUCCAGUGAAAACAUCUACACUAUGAUGAACCCUAUAGGACCAGGAGGAAACAGACCCAACUUCCCUAUGGGCCCGGGGCCUGAUGGACCGAUGGGAGCUAUGGGAGCCAUGGAACCUCACCACAUGAAUGGCUCACUAGGCUCUGGGGACAUGGACGGGUUGCCAAAGAACUCUCCUAACAACAUGGGGGGUAUGAGCAACCCUCCCGGGACGCCGCGGGACGAUGGAGAGAUGGGUGGAAACUUCCUCAACCCAUUCCAAAGUGAAAGUGCUUCUAGGACAGCCCUGGGGCAUGCUGGGCCUCUAGUGAAGGCGGAGCUUUCCGACGCUGUCUGUGGCAUAGACAGGAAGCAGAGACACAGGAAGUCCCUACUCUCUAACCCUGCCCCCUGCCUCUCUGACUUCUUGUCAGGCUCUGGACAAUGAGAGAGGGGAUGAUGGAGAGACUGGAUAACAUGGACACCCUUCAGGACACAGCAUGGUAGGGUUCUGUCAGUAGCUGUCUGGAAGCUCGACAAACAUUACAUUGGCAUUCGCUUUUAUUUUGAUGUUUUUAUUUGUUUCUAAUGGAUACAGGGGCGGAACAGGAUCUCGAAUGAUCCCCUUUUCCCUAUGUAGUGCACUACUUUAGAGGAAUAGGGUGUCAUUUGAGACCUAGACAUGGAAGUGUCACCCCCCCCCCCCCCCCCCCCCUCUCGUUCACUCUGUGUACAUUUAAAACACAAGUGUUGUGAUGUUUUCCAUUACUCUGUAUGUAAUGUAUUAUUGCUAUUCUUUUAUAAUAUUUUAUUGUUCUGAUUAAUAAUAUUGUUAUGAUGAUUCUGGUUAUUUUAAAAUGUAGGAUUUAAUUUCUGGAGUUUUUGUUGUUGUCGAAAGGACACACACACACACACACACACACACACACACACACACACACACACACUGAUGACCUCUUCGUCAGUAACUUCACAGGAUGGUGAACCUUCGCUAGUCUCCUUAAGGAAAAUCCCACAGGAUAUACACAAUCUACUGCCCCCUCUUUGCCCAGUCAGAGGGCAGCACCUUGGUCCAUCAUGGUACUUUAAAUUGUAAUUCCCAUAGUAAUGUCCCUCUCCAUCCCCCUGAGAAGGUGUUUUCUCUGUAGUAGACUAAGUGACCCUGAACAUGCAGAGGAUGCACAGUUGUAUUUAUUUGUUUAAUUUUCCAUUGAGACAGAACAGGUUGACAAUAAGUCUAUCUGCACACUCCGGAAUCACUCUGCACCAAUCAGCAUCCAUCUCCUAGAGGAAGACAUCUUGGAAGUGUCUGGUUUUUGUUUUGAUUGUAUUUUUUACCCAGAGGGCAGUUCUGACCUUCUGUGAAAUUAUUCUGAUUGGAUGCUUAAAGGACUCUUGUAACAGAGCUGAGCCAAUCAGUAGGCGGUUUGGCAGUUGCCAUGGUAACUGCCUGUUAAGAUCCCCCAAAAGGACAACAUUUGUCCUUAAACACACAACCACCCAGUCGGCCUACAUACGCCACCCCCCUCCCCAACCACCCAGUCGGCCUACCUACGCCACCCCCUCCCCAACCACCCAGUCGGCCUACCUACGCCACCCCCUCCCCAACCACCCAGUCGGCCUACCUACGCCACCCCCUCCCCAACCACCCAGUCGGCCUACCUGCGCCACCCCCUCCCCAACCACCCAGUCGGCCUACCUACGCCACCCCCUCCCCAACCACCCAGUCGGCCUACCUGCGCCACCCCCUCCCCAACCACCCAGUCGGCCUACCCACGCCACCCCCUCCCCAACCACCCAGUCGGCCUACCUACGCCACCCCCUCCCCAACCACCCAGUCGGCCUACCUACGCCACCCCCUCCCCAACCACCCAGUCGGCCUACCUACGCCACCCCCCUCCAUCUGUCUUUGGUUUGUUGUAAAUACUGUAAAGGGAAUUUUGAUAUCAUGACAUGUUUUGAUAUUUCCGUCACAACCAAUGACUGAUGAGAAACGAGUUGAUUCAGACCAACUGGGUUUGAAAAGAGACGGUGUGUGUUUUUACAGUACCUCACUGUUUAUCUCUGACACAACUAGGGCCAGGAGCAACCCUCUAUAUUGGAUCGUUACUUAGGGAGCUACAACUAACAUUAGAGUCCAGAGUAUUUCCUGGCCAGGUCAAUCUGUUAGGGAAAUCUCCUGUCCCUAGUAACGAUGGAUGAAAAGAAAAUAAGGUUUUCUAUUAGGGAUUUGUUUUCUGUAUUUGAAUUGAGAAAGGAUGUAAAAACGCAGGUUCUUAAUGAUAUGAAGAGUGUUAAGGGGGGGGGGGGCUUCUGGUGUAUUUUGACAUACUGCUGUAUAGAUUUAUCUCUGAACCAUAUUCACUAAGAGCACAUCUGAAAUGCACCCAAUUCCCUAUAUAUUGUGCCCUACUGAAGCCAAAAGUAGUGCAAUACAUAGGGAAUAGGGUGCCAUUUAGGAUGUGCCCUAGUUGGCACCAGUGCAAAGUGUUUCUGUUAUUGUUGGAAGAGGAUAAUUCUAGGAAAACAAACCGUGAAACUGUUUCUGUUUCUAAAAUGUGAGAUAUAUUUACUUACCAUAACUGGGGCUAUGACUUUAUGUGCCCUUAUCAGUGGAGGCUGCUGAGGGGAGGAUGGCUCAUAAUGUCUGGAGGGGAGGAUGGCUCAUAAUGUCUGGAGGGGAGGAUGGCUCAUAAUGUCUGGAGGGGAGGAUGGCUCAUAAUGUCUGGAGGGGAGGAUGGCUCAUAAUGUCUGGAAGGAGCGUGGAACUACGGUUGAUCUGUCUGAUAACAUCUCACUGAUUCUGCUCCAGCCAUUACCACAAGCCUGCCGUCCCCAAUUAAGGUGUCCCACCGACCUCCUGUGGUCCUUGUCUUUUCAUGUGCUCAGGAAAAACUCAUGGCCCUACUCAUGACCUUCAUUUGACCUUUCUGCUCUGCCCAUACCGAUCGAGGACUCAUCUUUAUAUCUGUGACAGCAUGGGCAGUGCCAUUGCGGCUACAACCCAUAAGAAUCCCCAUCCAGUUGCCUACUUUAAUAUGGUGGAAACCCUCAAUGGCGCUGCCCAUGCGAACACAGCAUUUUGGCCUCUAUCAUUCUCUAUGGCUCUCCCUUUUUCAAGUUGUGUUCCCUGACCAUGUGACCUGUUCAGGCAAACCUCCUGGCCCUAGUUCUUCCCUUCUGAUCAUGAGGUGUCAAACUCUGCACCGGUGCAAACGCCUCUCCUGUAUGUAAAAUCAACGUUGUCACAUUGUUGGUCAUUUCUGUGUUUCUAUGGUGAUGUGUAAUACUGUUUCAUUCUGGGAGGGUUGAAAGGAGGGGGGGGGACGGAGGGUAAGGAAACAUGUUUCUGUUCCUUGGGGUUGUAUCCAUCUCGAUAGUCUAAAGGAGAGUCUUCUCUCCUUUUACCUGCACUGAUGUGAAAGAAGAGAUGACGUGAGGAGAGGAAGCCACGUUGGACUGAGAUGCAGACAAUGUUUUUCUCUGGUGACAAAGCAGUAUUGAAGACGAGGCAGUCUGUUUCCCGGUGCCAGUAUUUCAGAACAUUUAGUCCAUUACAAUGAUCCUGUGUUUUUAAAUUCUGUUAACCACUUUUGGAUUGGGUGCCUCGUUGAUUUGAAGAUCCAACUGAAAGAGAAAUCUGACCGAUCUCUUGCAGUGCUGUGUAUAUAAAUGAUCCCAUUUGGUUGGAAUAUUGCCAUGUUCAGGUUAUUUUCAAAAGCAGGGGGACCAUAAUCUAAGGGGACAACACGGUAUCAUGCCGAUCUGGAUGAAACAUUGUGAGGAACUGCCUCCUGGGUUUGCUUUGUAUUUCCUGAUAGGCUAGUUUCCGCUCCUAAAUGUCUAGUGUAGUAAUAAAAACGUUUCCUAUUUGUACGUUUUAUGUUGUAAUAACGUUUCUUUAGAGAUUAAAAAGUUGAUUACUGAGAAAAAGGUGGGAAGUCUUGCAUCAAUAAAUGUCAUUUUGUUUUAGGUU